AUGGUGGACAUGCUGCGAGAGCUGUGGGUCAGGUACGACAUCACCUUUCACCUUAGCUUCGCAGACUUAAGCGACACCAAAGGGUUCCACAUGAGCUGGGCCAAGAAUACGUCCCAUCAGAUGGCAUUGAACUGGUUGGGAUCGUCAGGUGGCUUGCCCCGCGAUGCCCUCAGAAAGGCGAUAUUGGUUAACCUGGAUGGAGACAACAUCUUGGGAGCAAAGUUCAUCCCCGCCAUGCUGAAAAUGUUUUGCUCCCCAAACCUCUGCGUCGUCCAUUCGCAAGGAAAAGAGAAAGGUACUUGUGGGCGAAUGCUGGUGGCAGCCGACAUUUUUUGCGAGGUGGGAGGGUACGAUCAAGAACCUGACAUUUGGCCAUCGGGGUAUCAAGAUAUAGACAUGCGGGACAGAUGCGCGAGGAAGGGCUCGGGCCACAGGCAGAGCUGGGGAGAAUCAGGCACCGUUGAAGGUGCCCACCUGUACAUUGGGUGCGCGCUGGACAAUGUGCUCAAUGUGAAGAGGACGGUCGAGCGCGGAAGUGCCAAGGUGAAGAACACGAGCAGCCCUGAUGUGACGUGGGGCACGUACUUCGGCUGCGACAUGCUCGAUGGGAUGAAUGAUGCGAACUCGACGGCCAUGCGGCGGAAGCUCAAAGAAGGCCGACUGCGUCGCAACGAAGGGCUGAAACAGCUGGGCUGGCGGUCGACGACCGUCCGUCUGGAUGAGGUCCCGCGUUUGCGUGCAAUGAGCUCCAGACAGCUGGCUGAGACGUUGGGGGUGUCUCUUUUUGAGGAUGUUCUCAAUGCCAGAGGCCUCGCCUUGACAGGACAAGAGGCUGAGAGACAGGUGCGGGCCAGGACCAUGCCGGGCAGCAGCAGCGACGGCAGUGCAAGCCACAGGGGGCCGGGAAGUGAGCCCCGCUCCAUGCCAUCGCCGCCGAGAGGGUCCGUACGUCGAUCGGGAUCAGGUGGCGUGCCCCGUCCCGUGCACUUCGUCAAGCAGCUGAACCUUGUCACGUUCAGCUUCGGGUUCAAGAUGUUCGACCACUUCGCCAAGAGUCGUGGCAUGGCCAUGUUGGACACAAGCACAUGGUCGGCCUCGCGGAUGGCUCAGGAGUAUUACGCGAAAGUGGGUGGCAUAAAGGUUGACAAGCUCUUCGCGUCGAACGUCACGUUUUUCGGAGACCCUGCAGAAGUAAAGCGGAACAGGGCGAGGCUGGGCAAGAACCACACAGGCUUCCACAUUGUCAAUCUGCAGCAGCUGAUGAACGACGUCGCAUGGACCGCCUUCAUCAGUAAGAUUAGUAAGGUCAUCAAGGCGGCAGAGGACGAGGCAAUCGACACCAUUUGCCUGGCGUUCGGCUGCGACUGGGAACUCUGUAGCAAGGGUGUAAGGUAA